CGAGCGCUCCCCCCCCCCUCUUCCCGGAUGGUCAUGGCCGGGGCAAGCCGCUUAUUCCCAGCAACUACGGCAAGCGACUAGGUCCAAUUCCCUCUGGCUUCUCCUCAGACCACCCUUCCAUCCCUUUCGCCCGUCCCAUCCCGAUCCCAGACGCCCGCGCGCGGGGACUGGGGGGAGGUGGGGGCGGCGCGGAGGAGGAAAAGGAGAGACGCCGGCGGCGUUGGUGGGGUGGGCGUCACUGGCCGGAGUUGCUGCUGCUCUUCCUCCUGCUGGGAAAGGCACCUCGCCGCCGGGGAGCCCUGAGGAGACGAGGCGGCCGUCCUUGGCUGCCGCGCGGUGGCCGUCGCAGCAGAGACCCCUCAGUCACCGCGGCCGCGGCUUCCUCCUCCUCCUCCUCCUCCGUUGCCAGGCGAAGCGAGAGGGCGGGUCCGGAGGGAGGGACCGGCCCAUGGACCAGCUGGGCCUGGCGCUGAGCCUGGAGGAGCCGCCGCCGCCGCCGUUCCGGGAGGCCUCGCCAAAUGCGGGCGUAGCGAGGAGACGAAGCCGCCGCCGCUCCAGCCGGGCCCGGGGCCCUUCAUCGCCGGCCCUCGCAGGGCGCUGAGGGAGGCGCGGCCGGAGAGUCGGAUGCCGCCGCCGCCGCUGCCCAGAGCCUGAGGCGGCGCCUCCUCCUCUUCCUCCUCCCUGCUGCCCACUUUCCUCGCAGCCUCGGCCGCUCCCUCCUGCGCCUGGACGGACUGACCGACCGACUGCUCGGCCCUCUCGCCCCAGCCGCCGCCGCCGCCACCACCAUGUCGGCCAAGGUGCGGCUGAAGAAGCUGGAGCAGCUGCUGGUGGACGGGCCGCGGCGCAACGAGAGCGUCCUGAGCGUGGAAGCGCUGCUGGAUCUUCUGGUCGGCCUCUACACCGAGUGCAGCCGCGACUCGCCGCUGCGGCGAGACCGGCUGGUCUCUGACUUCCUCGAGUGGGCAAAGCCGUUUACACAGCUGGUGAAGGAAAUGCAGCUUCAUCGAGAUGACUUUGAAAUAAUAAAAGUCAUUGGCAGAGGUGCAUUUGGUGAGGUUGCAGUUGUUAAAAUGAAAUGCACAGAGCGCAUUUAUGCGAUGAAAAUUCUGAAUAAAUGGGAAAUGCUUAAAAGGGCAGAGACUGCUUGUUUCCGAGAAGAGAGAGAUGUAUUGGUGAAUGGAGACUGUCAGUGGAUUACUACAUUGCACUAUGCCUUUCAGGAUGAAAACUAUUUGUACUUAGUAAUGGACUACUACGUAGGUGGUGAUCUGUUGACACUACUUAGCAAGUUUGAAGACAAACUCCCUGAAGACAUGGCAAGGUUCUAUAUCGGUGAAAUGGUACUUGCUAUACAUUCCAUUCAUCAGCUACAUUAUGUGCACAGAGACAUAAAGCCUGACAAUGUUUUGUUAGACGUGAAUGGCCACAUACGCCUGGCAGACUUCGGAUCAUGCUUGAAGAUGAGUGAAGAUGGCACAGUGCAAUCGUCAGUUGCAGUGGGCACACCUGACUACAUUUCCCCUGAGAUACUGCAAGCCAUGGAGGAUGGCAUGGGAAAAUAUGGGCCUGAAUGCGACUGGUGGUCCCUGGGUGUCUGCAUGUAUGAAAUGUUGUAUGGUGAAACACCGUUUUAUGCAGAGUCACUGGUGGAAACCUACGGAAAGAUUAUGAAUCAUGAAGAGAGAUUUCAGUUUCCAUCUCAUGUUAUUGAUGUGUCUGAAGAAGCAAAAGACCUCAUCCAGCGGCUUAUCUGCAGUAGGGAACGUCGUUUGGGACAGAACGGAAUACAGGAUUUCAAGUCACAUGCAUUUUUUGAAGGACUCAAUUGGGAUAAUAUCCGAAAUUUGGAAGCACCUUACAUUCCUGAAGUUAGCAGUCCUUCAGAUACAUCAAACUUUGACGUAGAUGAUGAUGUAUUAAGGAACCCUGAAAUGAUACCACCUGGUUCUCACACUGGCUUUUCUGGCUUGCAUUUACCUUUUGUUGGCUUUACCUACACAACUGAAAGCUGUUUUUCUGAUAGAGGCUCACUAAAAAGUGUAAUGCAGUCCAGUGGAAUAACCAAAGAUGAGGAUGUGCAACGUGACUUAGAAAACAGCUUGCAAAUAGAAGCAUACGAAAGGCGAAUACGAAGACUGGAGCAGGAAAAGCUGGAAUUGAGCAGGAAGUUGCAAGAAUCUACCCAGACUGUUCAGUCCCUUCACGGUUCUGCUCGCGUAACAGGAAGCACAACUCGGGAUAAAGAAAUAAAAAAGUUAAAUGAGGAAAUUGAACGCCUGAAAAAUAAAAUAGCAGACUCAAAUAGACUAGAACGGCAGCUCGAAGAUGCAGUGACACUGCGGCAAGAACAUGAAGACUCCACCCAUAAGUUAAAAGGUCUUGAAAAGCAGUGCAGGAUACUAAGGCAAGAGAAGGAGGACCUCCAUAAGCAACUUGUUGAAGCAUCUGAAAGAUUAAAGACGCAGUCCAAAGAACUCAAGGAUGCCCAUCAACAAAGAAAGCUCGCAAUGCAGGAGUUCUCAGAGCUGAACGAGAGGAUGGCAGACUUGCGCUCUCACAAGCAGAAGCUUUCUCGGCAGCUCCGUGACAAAGAAGAGGAAGUGGAAGUGAUCAUGCAGAAAAUUGACUCCAUGAGACAGGAAAUCCGUAAAUCUGAGAAAGCAAGAAAAGAGCUGGAAGCCCAACUUGAUGAUGCAGCAGCAGAAGCAUCAAAAGAGCGCAAGCUUCGGGAGCACAGUGAGAUUUUCUCUAAGCAACUUGAAAAUGAACUGGAAACACUAAAGUUAAAGCAAGGAGGCCGUGCUGCUGGUGCCAUGCAGGAACAUCAGCAGGAGCUGGCCAAAAUGAAGUCCGAGCUUGAGAAGAAAAUCUUGUUUUAUGAAGAGGAGCUGGUCAGACGAGAAGCAUCCCAUGUCUUGGAAGUAAAAAAUGUGAAAAAGGAGAUGCAUGACUUGGAAAGCCAUCAGCUGGCAUUGCAAAAGGAGAUCAUGAUGUUAAAAGACAAAUUGGAUAAGGCAAAACGAGAGAAGCGCACUGAGAUGGAGGAAACAGUGGGAACUCUAAAAGAGAAAUAUGAGCGAGAGAGAACCAUGCUCUUUGAAGAUAACAAGAAAAUAACAACCGAAAAUGAAAAGCUUUGUUCCUUUGUGGAUAAACUUACAUCCCAAAACAGGCAGCUGGAGGAUGAGCUGCAGGAUUUGGCAGCAAAGAAGGAAUCUGUUGCCCACUGGGAAGCUCAAAUUGCAGAAAUUAUUCAGUGGGUGAGCGAUGAAAAAGAUGCACGUGGGUAUCUUCAGGCAUUAGCUUCAAAGAUGACAGAAGAACUGGAAUCUUUGAGAAGCUCCAGUCUGGGAUCAAGAACUUUGGACCCACUCUGGAAAGUAAGACGUAGUCAGAAGCUGGAUAUGUCAGCGAGGCUGGAGUUGCAGUCUGCUCUCGAUGCUGAAAUACGUGCCAAACAACUAGUCCAAGAAGAAUUAAGGAAGGUUAAAGAUGCCAACCUAUCCUUUGAAAGCAAACUAAAAGAAUCUGAAAUAAAGAAUCGGGAACUCUUGGAUGAAGUUGAAAUGUUAAAGAAGAAGCUGGAAGAAAAAUAUAGGACUGAUGCAGGUCUCAAACUUCCAGACUUCCAAGAUUCCAUUUUUGAGUACUUCAAUACCUCCCCUCUUGCUCAUGAUCUGUCUUUCAGAGACUCUGUUUCUUCCUCGUCUACAUCUUCUCUGCUAGCCUUUUCGGAAGAAACAAAUUCUGUUGGUGAGCAGGAGGUGCAAGGUCCCAAACCAGAAGUCUCGCCAUCAACAUCUGUAGUGACUACAGAGCAGCAACAAGAAGAACCAAUUCGGCUUCAGAGGAUGCCUGCUGCUCCCUCCCCCACCAUUCAGUCCAUUUCCCUAGCUGUACCAAAGCCUAAAGCUCAUCAGCUCAGCAUCAAGUCCUUUUCAAGCCCUACUCAGUGCAGCCAUUGCACAUCCCUCAUGGUGGGAUUGAUUAGACAGGGCUACGCUUGUGAUGUGUGUUCAUUUGCAUGCCAUGUUUCCUGCAAGGACAGCACACCACAAGUCUGCCCUAUACCUCCGGAGCAAGCCAAGAGACCCCUUGGAGUAGAUGUUCAAAGAGGAAUAGGAACAGCCUACAAAGGUUACGUCAAGGUUCCAAAGCCAACAGGAGUUAAGAAAGGGUGGCAGCGGGCCUAUGCAGUUGUAUGUGACUGCAAACUCUUCCUCUACGAUGUGCCUGAAGGGAAAUCCACCCAGCCAGGAGUUGUUGCAAGUCAAGUCUUAGAUCUCAGAGAUGAAGAUUUUUGUGUGAGCUCUGUGCUAGCACCAGACGUUAUACAUGCAACCCGCAAAGAUGUCCCUUGUAUAUUCAGGGUGACAGCUUCUCUCUUAGGCUCGCCUUCAAAGACCUGCUCUCUGCUGAUCCUAACAGAAAAUGAGAAUGAAAAGCGAAAGUGGGUUGGAAUCCUGGAGGGGCUUCAAUCUAUUCUGCACAAAAAUAAACUCAAAAACCAAGUUGUACAUAUUCCACAAGAAGCCUAUGACAGCACACUGCCUCUCAUUAAAAACAGCUUAGCUGCUGCUAUUAUAGAUCGGGAUAGAAUAGCGAUUGGCUCCGAAGAAGGUCUCUAUGUUUUAGAGGUGACCCGUGAUGUGAUUGUCCGAGCUGCUGACUGCAAGAAGGUCCACCAGAUAGAGCUUGCUCCCAAAGAGAAAAUCAUCAUCCUCAUCUGUGGGCGGAAUCAUCAUGUUCACUUGUAUCCCUGGUCCUCCCUGGAUGGAUCCGAAGGUGGUUUUGAUGUUAAACUUCCAGAAACUAAAGCCUGCCAGUUAAUGACAACUGGGACAGUGAAGAAGACAAGCCCUUCAACAAGUUUGUUUGUGGCAGUGAAGCGGCAGGUUCUCUGCUAUGAGAUUCACAGAACUAAACCUUUCCAUAAAAAGUUCAAUGAAAUCCAGGCUCCUGGCAACAUACAGUGGAUGGCUGUGUUCAAAGACAGGCUGUGUGUGGGCUACCCAUCUGGUUUCUCUAUAUUGAACAUCCAGGGUGAUGGACAGUCUCUAAACCUGGUAAAUCCCAAUGACCCUUCGCUUGCAUUCCUCUCACAACAGUCUUUUGAUGCCCUCUGUGCUGUGGAACUCAGCAAUGAGGAGUACCUGCUUUGCUUCAGCCACCUGGGAGUGUUCGUCGAUGCACAAGGUCGGAGGUCGCGCUUGCAGGAGCUAAUGUGGCCUGCGACUCCUACUGCCUGUAGUUGCAAUUCAUUCUAUUUAACUAUCUACAGUGAAUACGGUGUAGAUGUAUUCGAUGUUAACACAAUGGAAUGGGUUCAGACUAUUGGCUUAAGAAGGAUCAAACCCCUAAAUGUGACAGGCACAUUGAAUCUCCUUCACUGUGAACCUUCUCGGCUCAUCUAUUUCAAGAACAAGUUUUCAGCAGGAGCUGCCCUCAGUGUGCCAGAAACGUCUGACAACAGCAAAAAGCAGAUGCUUCGCACUAGAAGCAAGCGAAGAUUUGUCUUUAAGGUCCCUGAGGAAGAGAGAUUGCAGCAAAGACGAGAGAUGCUCCGAGAUCCUGAACUCAGAAACAAAAUGAUUUCUAACCCAACCAAUUUCAACCACGUGGCUCAUAUGGGACCAGGCGAUGGGAUGCAAGUGCUCAUGGAUCUGCCAUUGAGCGUCCUGCCUUCACAAGAUGAAAAGGCUUGUCCUCCCACGACCAACGUUUCACGCCAGGCCCCUCAGAGAAACAAAAGCUACAUUUCAUGGCCCUCUUCAACUGGCAGCGACCUGGGAGCAGCCAUGCCCUUGCGAAGUAUGUCCGAUCCAGACCAGGAGUUCGACAAAGAGCCUGAUUCGGAUUCUACCAAACACUCUACUCCUUCCAACAGCUCUAACCCGAGUGGCCCCCCAAGUCCCAACUCUCCACAUAGGAAUCAGCUGACACUAGAUGGACUGGACCAAUCAACCUGUGAUGCAUAAUACUACAGCCACCCCCUUUCUGAACGUGGGACCAUCCGCUACUCCAUGGAGUAUUCAAGAGCAGGACAUCUGUCUCCAACAACAGUGCCAAGACUGAUACUGAAUUUCUAGUGUUGCACAAAACUAAAUCCUGUAUCUAGAUUGUAGAUUUGGGGGACAAAAAAUGGAGAGAAUUCUUUAUUACUACAAUGAUCAAAGGUUUUUUAUGCAAAACUGUUCAUUAAACUUCUGGUGGGACCCAUUUCUGGAGAGCUGUGAUACACUCUCACGGCAUACAUGAAAGACUACCAGUAAAUAGUCUGCACACUUAAGUUGGGAAAAAAACCUAGAGAAGAGAUGCUGGUGGUAGUUACUAUUCAGCAAUGUCAGGAAUAUUAUUUUUCUAUAGGAUGAUGUAAUGUCUCGUUAGCAGGAAAUCCUUUUAGGAAAAAAGUGAACUUUUUGGAUGGGAAGUAAAAGCCGGCUAGUUACAUCCUCAGCUAAAUAUAUUCUGUUGUUUUUUUCAAAGUGUAGGAGAAUGAUAGGAAGCUGUAGGGCCAUUCCCAGCAUCAGUAGAAUAUGUCAGGAAGUUGAAUGAAAAUUGAGGCUCUAGUCUGUGGCCUUUUAACUUAUUUAGCCAUUACAUGCAUUCUCAGCUUUGUAAAUGUCAUUCUCCUGACUUUUUAGCCAUGUACAUAAAAACUAUUACCGUUACAUUUUACCCUUAACCCUUCUUUGUCUUCUUUUUUUUUUAAGACCUCCUCAAUCAUUGUUGGCCAGGGCAGGGCUUUUCUUAAAACACACACACAAACACACACACACACAAACAUAUAUAUAUAAAAUACUGCUGUGAAACAGGUUAUGCCCUGCUUUUCCUGCUACCAUCUUCUCAGACACUUGUGUAACUUCUUGUUUUUGUUUUCAGUGUAAAGGAUACCUUCAUUUAAUUUUGGUUUUUAUUUUAGCUAGCUAGCAUUCUCUUGGGAUCGCUCCCUUUGAAGGCUGCUCAUACGAUGGGAUUGUGUAGUGCUUAAAACCAUUGGUCUUUUUUUAUUGGUAACCAAAAUGGAGACCUUGAAGGAUGUGUAUAUGAGGGUGCCUCUUCUUUUUCCCCUCCUCCCCCCGCCCAGUUCAUUGUCUCCUCACCUGCAUGAAGACCCCAUGAUUGUUAAUCAAAAGUAUUGAUCAUGUAGAGAAAAAUUGCACAGCACACUCCUGUAUAUUUUGCUAUGGCCCACGUGCAGCAGUGACAUAUUGCGUGUAUAUUUUAUCUCAUGCUUCCAUGUAUUAUACAUUUAGUAAUUCUCCCCACCCCCAAAAAACAACAAUUUUUGUGAUCAUGUUUCAUUUAAAAGUGUGUAAUUAAUUCUGUAGCUGGCAUAUCCAGUUUGUCAUUGUCACACUAGUGUGCCUUCUGUGCCAAUUUGAUGACAGUUGGAUGUCACUUGUUUUAAAAUCUGGUUUCUAUGGGCUAAUGGUAUACCAAUGGCUAAUCCUCUUUCCUGAAACACUGUAUAGGACAUGCACUUAUCUCUAGUUUAAACCAAGUGGCUCUAGUCAACAUUUAAUCCUGUUACAUUAAGUGUUUGACAAUAUUCGCUCUUUCUCAGAUUCUUGAUCAAUGCGGCUCGAUUUGAGCUGGACACUACUGCUUUUGGGGUUUUCUGGUUUUUACUCUUUUUUUUAAAUGUAAGUCUAAAGUCUUUGUAAUUAUUGAAUUGUGAGAACAUUUUUGAACAAUUUACUUGUCAAUAAAGCAGAAGAGGGAGGUUUUAAAAAGUU